CCAACUCGCCCACAAAUUAAAUAACUAGCAAAAAAAAAAGAAAACGAAUAAAAUACAGAGAAAAGAGCGAAGCGAAAACACUACAGGCGAAGGGCGAGAGCUAGGGUUUCCAAAAUCGCCAGUUGUUUACCCAAUCUUGGUUUGCUUUCAAACAUGGCAGAUGACAACCAGAAUGAGGUGAAGGACGAGGUGGUACCAGAUAUUGCCCCUUUUGAUCCUACUAAAAAGAAGAAAAAGAAGAAGGUUGUAAUUCAGGAUAAUACUGAUGAUUCUGUGGACAAGCUGGCUGAGAAAACAGAAAACCUGGCAGUUUCUGAUGGGCAGGAGAGUACAUUUUCUGGUUUGAAAAAGAAGAAGAAGAAGCCAGUUGAAACCAGUAUUUUGAAUGAAGACAGUGAAAAUGUAGUGGAAGAUUUAAAUGAGCGCGCUGGCGAGGAUGAGGAAGGAGAAGGAAUUGUUCUUGAGGCUCCAUCCUAUCCUUGGGAGGGGAGCGAUCGUGAUUACACAUAUGAGGAGCUUCUUGAUAGGGUGUUUAACAUUCUACGUGAGAAUAACCCGGAGCUGGCUGGAGACAGGCGUAGGACAGUUAUGAGGCCUCCACAAGUACUUCGUGAGGGCACAAAGAAAACUGUUUUUGUGAAUUUCAUGGAUCUGUGCAAGACGAUGCAUAGGCAGCCAGAUCACGUCAUGGCUUUCUUGCUGGCUGAAUUGGGGACAAGUGGAUCCCUUGAUGGACAACAGAGGUUGGUCGUCAAGGGAAGAUUUGCACCGAAGAAUUUUGAAGGAAUACUGCGGCGAUAUGUCAAUGAAUAUGUCAUCUGCCUUGGGUGCAAAAGUCCAGACACUAUACUUUCAAAGGAGAAUCGUCUCUUCUUUCUCAGAUGCGAAAAGUGUGGUUCUGGACGAACAGUUGCUCCAAUUAAAGCUGGUUUUGUGGCUCGCGUUGGACGAAGGAACGCUGGGACAUGAUCUUAGCAUAAUUUUGUGAACUCAUGGUUUACAUGUAGUAGUUAAUGGAUUUUUGAGUUGCGUGUUUGGCAUCUACAACAGUAAUAUUUUUGCUGUGACGUUUGGAUAUUGAGGAAGAUUUUCUCUUGUAUUGUUGUUUCACAGUUACCUCUGCUUAGUGAUUACAGACCUUCCUAUA